GAACAAGCAUGGAAGAAGAUGGAGAUUUUGUUUCUUUGAGAGUGUCAGAAAUUCAAAGUCUAUUAUCUCAGCUUACCGGAGGAACUUGCCAAGACGAAGAGAGGAUUGGUCUACUAGCUGAAAGGAUCCUACAGAUUGUGGAAUCUCUCCCUUCCCAUCUCUCCAAUCCUACCUUAUCAGGACAGCUGCACGUGGCAGCUGUAACUCUUUGGAAUAAAGUCGUGUUCAAGAAAUCAGAUGCCUCUUUAUCACUAUCACUAAAUGCUCAAUUACGCCAUGUUGCCCUAUCUCUUGUUUUCCUUUGUGCUUCUCCAAAUGAAAACUCGGCACAAUUACUCAAGAAGCAAAUCACGAUGGCAAUUAAGACCGGAAGGGCCUGGCUUGAGUGUGAUAAUCCAAUGAUGGCAGAAACGUCUCUUGAACUUGCCAAUCAGUGUUGGUUGAGAUUGAGUAAAAGUUAUGAAGAAGGAUCAGUGCCUACUGAUACCCUAGUACUUUAUUUUAAGAUACUCUGCUCUCAAAUUGAAGCUUUCUUUGGUAUUGGUAAUCAUGAGAAGGCUAUUGAAAUGGUCGACAAAGCAAAGGAGAUUAUUGGUACACAGGAUAAAGAUAUGGGUCAUUUAUCAAUGCUCUGCUAUAAUUGUGGACUACAAGAAUUCCAGAAUGAGAAGCACAGCAAUGCAGUUCAAUGGUUUAAGGAAAGCUAUGACAUUGGUCGUGGAUGUAAUGCAGUUGGAGCUGUUAAACAGGCUCGGUCUUUACGUUUAUUAGCAAAGUCCUAUUUAGAAUGGGAUGGAACAAGCCAUUGGCAGAAAGCUCUUAAUGCAGUGGGACUGGCUAAUUCUGAGCAUUUUCAUUUGUCUGGUCUUUUUCUCAAGCUAUCCAUAUUGAUGCAGUAUGUGAAGCAAAAGGACAGAAUUACUACAGCUUUCAAUGAUGUUCUCUCUCAUCCUGAACUCAGUCUUGACAUUGGCUCAGCAGCUGUCAAGUUAGCAAUUGAGAACAAACAGCCGGAACUAGCUUUCAAUGCCCUCCAACUACUCAAGCAGACAAUGAAAUCUCCAAGUGACAGGCAAGCACUGCAGCAGCUACACCUGGAAUUGCUAUUGGAUAAUGGAAUGUUUGGAGAUGCUAAACAACUUAUAGAAGAGUGCAUCGAAAACCACAGUAGGUCUGAUCCUCUGGAUAUGAAGACUAUUCAACAGUUUCAUAUAAUCUUAUGGUCUCAAGCUUCAAAAUCAUACGAUAAAGAAGACUAUGAUUCAGCUUUGGAUUGGUAUCGAUAUUCGUUGCUUCUCUUCCCAUCUGAUGCAAGCCAUGAUAAAAACAUAGCCAAACUACAAAGGAACAUUUCCAACUGUCACAUUCAAAUGGCCGACCUUAACAAAGCAAAGGAUGCUAUAGACCAAUCCUUGUUACAUGACAAAGAGUCUGCACACUCACAUUAUCUGGCAUUUAAGAUUGGAGUGUUAGUCAACAAUACUGAACAAGCCCUCCAGUCAUUGCAGAUGAUGAUGGAGUGUGUCCAGGAUGCCGAUUUACACGGGCUCGUUGCAAUGUCAGCUCAGCUUGCCUUUGAGAAUCACAAUAGAGACGUAGCACUGUAUGCAUUAGAGAACCUAGUCCAGACGUCUUCUAAUCAACAGCAGGUGCUCACUUCUCUCAGGUGUCUCAUUAGACUCAAACUGACUUUCUUUAAAAAUGAAGACACUCCAAGCAAUAAACUAGUUCAUUUGUCGUCGCUGCUCAAGUACACUGAGCUUGCUAGUAAUCACCUCACUGAGUGCGUGACUGGAAAUGGUCCACUGGGUCUUUUGUCUUCGUCUCAGAAAGAUGAGGUCCUCUGGUUUUCUAAGAUAGCUUGGAAUAUUGCACUGGAGGCUGGGGAUUAUUAUAAAGAAAUGAUGAAAGCGUUUGAUAUCUGCCAAAAACUGUAUCACUUAUUGCCUCAUGAUAUUUCAAUUGCCAAUAGAAUCAAGACGUGUCGCUUGAUGUCAGCAGCUGCCGGACUGCAGGCAGCCAGACAGACGGAGAAUAAAGAUGAACAAGUUAUAAUACUAAAAGAUGUCUUGUCUCAUAUACAAGGAUGUAGGGAGUUCAUUAAUAGUAGAAGCAUCAGAGGAGGAGGAGGAGCAGUAGACAUGUCUCCUUCUGGGAAUUCAAUCCUCUCUCUUUUGUGUCUUUAUGAAUUUGAGACUCAAUUAGUGCUAGGCUCACCUGAUGCAGUUCAUAUUUUAGACGUGGUGAAGGCUUCCUGUCCCAGUCCUGAUCCAAAGACAUACGAGAAUAUUGCAGCUUUGGCUAUUCGUUAUCCACUCAGAGAUGGAAGUACUGCUCUAAUUGUCAAGAAAUCGCUUCAAAUUGCCAUUGAUCUACAUAUGAAUACUAAUCCAAGGGAUACCGAGAAAUUAAGUCAUUGUACUCAUAGCUUGGUUGAUAUAUUAUUGGCUAAUGAGUAUAGUACUGACAUGUCUGCCAAAGAGGAAGCUAAACAGAUCUUAUUACUGACUUAUAAACUCAUCAGUGAAGAUAAAUACCCAGAAAUGGAGAUAGCUUGGCAUAUGACCAAGACAUGGAAUACAGGGAUCUAUCUUUACAGUAUGAUGAGACUCCAAGAUGCAGAGCAAUGGUGCUCUCUGGCAAUGAAGUUUCUCCCUCAUUUGUCAAAGACAUUAUGCAACACGUAUCAGGAUCAAAUGACAUCAGUCUAUACAGAGAUUAUUGAUAAAAUCUCUCUUGAUGCUCAGAAACACCAGCUAUAGCAAAGGGGAACAUAAACAUGAACGUG